AACCAGUUUCUUUCUGAGCGCUGUGUGGCUCGCAGAGCCUCAGUGGGCGGGCAGCUGCGACACUGGCAGGCAGUCACAUGAUUCGCGCAAAGCCCAGCUGCCCAAUUCCAAUAUGGUGGCCAGCUUGGCAGACCUACGGUUCUUGUUGAUGAUAUUAUUGCUCUGCUGGAGGAUCAGGGACGGCGCCUGCACCCAGCAAGCCCCGUGGGUUCUGGGGCUGCGACUGGAGGACCCAGAAGGCCAGGUGUAUAUGAAGGAGCGGAUCAUCUCUGCACCGCAAGGGGCCAGUUUCAAGCUUCGGCUGUUCGGUUGGGAUCUAAAUGGGACCUGGCCGUGGGUGGCGUUCGCUGGAACAAGACAGGAGGAGACCGGGGUGGUGGAGGAUGCAGCUGACCCGUGCGAGCAAGAGACCCGCCGUGUCUCCGCCGCCUUCCAGGUCACCGGGGAGUUCACAGCGGACGAGGAGUACAGCGGGUUGAUAACGGUACAGACGCGGGACAAGAGCAGCAUCUCUCCCGCUGCAUCCUCCACGGGAGGAGGGGAUGAUGCCAACCCUGCCUACCACCACCACCACCUGUGCGUGCUGAAGAACGGAAGCUGGGUUUCGGUGGGACCGGACAGGUUGCAGAUCAACAACGACGCAGGUCUCCCGGCAGACUACAUCCCUCCGUGGGGUAUGGCGGUGCUGAUCGUGCUGCUGAUCCUGGUGUGCGGGGUACUGAGGAGUGUGAACCUCAGCCUGUUGUGGCUGGACCCCCUGGAGCUCUACGUUUUCCACAGCUGCGGCUCCGAGGAGGACAAACGGGCCGCCAAGCGCCUCGAGCCAAUCCGGAGACGAGGCAACUGCCUGGUGUGUUCUCUGCUGUUCCUGUGCGCUCUGGGCCACUCGGUACUCGGUGUGCUACUCUACAGGGUCCUGGGUUCCAUAGCGCCCGCAGUCUUCACCAGCGGGUUCCUCAUCUUCCUGGUGUCAGAGCUUGUUCCCCACAUAGUGUGUUCCGGCUACGGCUUCCAGCUAGCCCCAGGCUUCACCUGGCUGGCACAGGUGUGUAUGGUGCUGACGUGCCCACUGUCGUGCCCGCUGGGCCUGGUGCUGGACCUGGUGUUGAGACGUGACAUCAGCACCUGCGGUGUGAGGGAGAGGGCUAUGGAGAUGAUCCGCACCAACGUCAAUGAUCCCUACAGUGAGUUUGUGAAGGAGGAGUUUAGCCGUGGUGCACUGCGCAGGAAGACCGUGGAGGACAUCCUGACUCCAUUGAACGACUGUUUCAUGCUGCCGUCCACCGCUGUGCUGGACUUCUCCACCAUGUCAGAGAUCAUGCAGAGUGGAUACACACGAGUCCCCAUCUAUGAAGAGGAGAAGUCCAACAUCGUGGAGAUCUUGUUCGUGAAGGACCUGGCUCUGGUCGAUCCUGACGACUGUACUCCCAUGACGACCAUCACCAAGUUCUACAAUCACCCACUGCACUUUGUCUUCAAUGACACUAAACUGGACGCCAUGCUGGAGGAGUUCAAGAAAGGAAACUCUGCCCUGGCCAUCGUUCAGAAGGUGAACAACGAGGGGGAGGGGGAUCCCUUCUACGAGGUGCUGGGAUUGGUCACCUUGGAGGAUGUCAUCGAGGAGAUCAUCAAAUCAGAGAUCCUGGAUGAGUCCGACGGCUACAUGGACAUGAAGGUGAAGCGUCCCAUGGCCCCUCUGGAGAUUCCUCUGGAACCUCGCAGUGUCCACCAAGAGUUCUCUCUGUUCAAACUCCCAGAGGGAGAACCCAAGAUCCGCACCUCACCUCAGCUACUGCUGGCCACACACCGCUUCCUCUCCAGAGAGGUAGAGCACUUCAGUCCAGCCCGCGUGUCAGAGAAGGUGUUGUUCCACCUGCUCCGUCACCCCAGUGUCAACCAGGAAGUUCACUUUGACCCCUCCAACCGCCUGAGCCCCGACCACUACCUCUACACACGCAACCACCCCGUAGACUACUUCAUACUGCUACUACAGGGGCGUGUGGAGGUUGAAAUCGGUAAAGAGGGCUUGAAGUUUGAAAACGGAGCGUUCACAUACUACGGUGUGUCUGCACUCACAGCGCCAACCUCAGUGCACCAGUCUCCAGUUUCGACCCAGCGUCGUCCUCCCAGGGAUCCAUUUGAGAUGGGAGACGCCACCAGCCCGUCCAGCUACUGUCCUGACUACACCGUCCACGCCCUCACUGAUCUGCAGCUCAUACGGGUCUGUGCGUGUGCGUGUGCGUGUGUGUGUGUGUGUGUGUGUUUGUCUUUCUCCGGGUGUGUCAGACUAACAGUACAGUCCCUCUGCCAGGUGACUCGGAUGCAGUACCUGAAUGCUUUGAUGGCGUCGCGUGUUGGCCAGAGCCCAGAAUCUCCUGAGAUCAAGAUCCUGCCUAACAGUCAGACCAAGCUGCUCAACGAGAGGAACACUGUCACACAAGAGUUCCCUAUAAACUUUUCCUUUUUUGACACCAUUGAAAACUACUGUUAGUGUUUUCUGUGUGCAUGAGGUAAACAAAACGCAGUCUCCUCAGUGGCAUGACAACUACAACACACACACACACACACACUAAAAGGACACCAAGGCAUUGAGAGAAUUUAAUUUUCAGUCAGUCACAAAGCACCUGAGAGUCAUUUAGGGCUUUAUUCAGACAUGUGAACUGAAGUCUUCUAUUAACAUCACUGGAUGGUUUAUGUGAAAGUUAAGUGUGCAGAUUUCAACUCUGAAUAUGGCCUUCAGAAAGGUUAGUCUCUUUGCCAGAUCCUUCACAGACACUGGGAUAAAGCUUUGUGUGGAAUGGACCCAGUUAGAGGGAUUCUUUUAGACUGUUUCUUCUCUAAAUAUUUAGUGCCAUUUCUUUGUAUCUUACAGAUAAUGAGAUGCAAUCAGGUCAGGUUGUGUGUGUGUGUGUGUGUGUGUGUGUGUGUGUGUGUGUGUGUGUGUUUGAAAAGCUUAUGUCUGUGUGUGUGUGUGUGUGUGUGUGUGUGUGUUUGAAAAGCUUAUGUCUGUUUCCUUGUUCUAUCUCGUCGCAUCUUUCUGUCCUUUUCUGGCUGCACCAUCUCAUCCCUCUCUACUGGGUACGUAUGCUGAUUUUCUCCAUCUCCUUCUGUGUGAACAGGACACCCACAGGAGGUAAAGACUGCAUGUCUGUUGACAAAAAGAAACAAGCACCAAAAUGUGUCCAUUGCAUUGAAUGUCAAUGUCAAAGAGCAUAUUGUGAUGUCACAGGGUGGCAUUGUGAUGUCAUAGUGGGCUGCAUUGUAACCUACUAAUCGGUGGCAUUAUGUCAUUGUGUGAUGUCAUCUCCCCACUCACGGCCUCCCCCUCUCUCUCAUUGGCUGGGUUCCACAGGUGGCAGUAAAUCCCAGGAAAGUUCAACGGAAGAGGAGGCUCAUGGGUAAUGAAGUUCUCUCUGUCAGAACUGUGUUACUCAGACAACCAACAAGGAGGCUUUUUAAAAAAUAUCUGUUUUUAUCAGUGAAUCUCUUAUCUCUGGAAUGCAGUAAUUGGACCUGGCUGGAGUGAACAUCUGUGUGAGUGGUGUGUGGCUACUGCACUAUCCUCAGCCGUUUUCCUCAUUCAUUGUACGUUUCGCAUUCAUGCCAAUCGUGUGUAUGUAUGUGUGCACCUCUCCUCCCUGUUGUAAAUUAGCCUCCUUUGCCUGUUCCUUCAUUAUUAGCCUAUCUGUGUGCCAAAGCAACUCGCGUCAACCCCCUGUGUGUGUUGUCACAACCCGUCCAUCCAAGCAUUAGACACAGGUUGGUCAAAAAAAGGCCAGAAAUGUGUACACCGCUUUUGGUGAUUUGCUUUAAUUGUUUGAUUAUACGUCCAUAUUUUAUUUGAUACACUCCCACAUAUGUCUAUCUAGACCUAAUGGAAGGCCUGUAUACAGUAUAUCAGGAGACCUACGGGAUGAUUGGAACUGUUUUCUCUAGUUAAAGGGCUACAUCACCCAACAGUAAAGAAACAAAUAUGUAUUUUAAAAUGUUCAUACUAUCCCUUUAAGAGAGCUGAUGCAACGCUUGUGUCCAUUCCUUUGCACAGUCACUGUUUAGCUUCAGGUCUGAGCUGUGAUGGGAGUGGUAGGUGUGUGUGCGUGUGCGUGCCCUCUCCCAUUUGACCUCUCUUACGGCGUGCCAACUCUGACCCAGUCUGCUUUCAUGCAUUCCUUUUGUUUGGCCAAGUUGCCAUAGACAAUCCCCUUUAUUCACUCAGUAUAUUUACCCAGACACCAUACAUAAUAGAUAAAACAGACACAAGUCCACAUAGACACCAUACAGAAUAGACAAUGUGUUUGUGUCUGUCACAUCUAAAGCACCUUGUUGAUUUUCUCAUCCUUGAUAGCCGAGUAGGUUGAGUUCCAUUAACUUUCCACACACACACACAGAAGUGGUGUGUAUGUGUGCACGUGUGACUCUUUCAGGAAACUCAAUUUCCCAUGUUGCAGUGUAACUACCCAUGUGUGCAGGGAAUACAUAUGUUACCCACUGUCCUGUGGAGACAGGAAACGCCUAGAUAAAGGCCUGGUCCAGAAUCAACCCCCUUGGUCCUUCCCCUGGCCCCUAGUUGUCUACCCUUUGCUCAUAGGCCCUAGCCCUUAGUAAACAGAUCUGAUGAAAAGGUGAUGGCAGCACCCAUCUGGUUCCUUCAGAUCUGCUAACAUAAGGGUUUGGAAUGGAGAUUGGAGUCUUUGGCGUGGACCAGAGACUCUACCGGGGUUAUAUUCAUUAGUGCACACUGUAGCAAAAUGUUUUGAAACGGAAAACAAAAAUAAAUUGGAGAAGUAUUGUCCUUAUUGGACAAGUCUAGGUAGUCCCUCCCUGUUUCAGUACGUUUUCCUCCGUUUGGUGCUUAAUGAAUACGACCCAUGUUUCCCAGCAACCAUGAUAGGGGUUGGCUAUUUUGGCGGCCAUCUUGGUUACCUCAGUCGUUCUCCACCCCAUAAAGCGUUUUUUUUAGUUGAUCUAAUUACAGACAUACACUAAUUAAUGACAUAUGCUAAGACAAGGGAUUAACUAUGUGAUUCAAAGUAAAUAUUUUCCAUCUGUUUUAACAAUAUUGUACUGUUGGUUAUGUUUCAAGUCCAUUUAUAUUGUAUUAAAAGACUAUGUAUAUUGUAAAAAAGGUCAUCAUUACUUAUGCUACUUAUAUUGUUUGGGAGAAAUGUUGGUUUUUUUGAUGGGGGUAAAAAACGGUAUAUUAAUAUAUAUAUGCUUAUCUAGAGAGAAUAUGAAUCAAGGAUGCAGAUUUAAACUCGUAGUUUUCAGGUACAAAUGUAGAAUACUGUUACCAUGAUGAUGAGAACCGGACCAGCGCUAGUUUCUUUCCAGGAAUUUUUUGUAUAGAUUUUUUUUCUCCCAAUUCUUCUCUGGAAGCUGAGAGUUGUGUGUGCAGAGAACAUUGCAUUGAACUAUUUCAAUAUCUGCUGUUUGUUAGUAAAUAAACCCAGUCCUUGUAUA